GUCGCGUAUGUGGAUGGCGUUGCACUUGCAAGAUGCCAAAUGAAUAAGAUUAUUUUUUGGGGGCAGUCAGCCGUUUCGUGGUUUUAUUUGUCUCUAUACUACGGCAGUAACGGAGAUGUUCAGAGCAUGCAUCUACUGGCGAAGGUGUCAGAAUUAUUGAGAUGUACUGGAUAAAGACGCACUAACUUAAAGUGAAGUACCUCAAGCAAACAAAGGAUUCCAUGUCUUCAAUCAAGGGAGUUUCACAUCUCUCAAGGCGGGCGAAGAGACGUUUGUAUUUUAAAUUGCAGAUGUGGAUAUGGCGGAAACGGAGGGAGAAUUGCUGUUGGGGUUUUAUUAGAGGCAAAAAAUUGGUGCGAAUGAGGCGCCCCAACUCAUGCCUCACCCAAAAGGCACAGUCAGAGAGAAGUAAAAGGAACUUUCAAAUGUAUUCUUCACCAGUUCUGGAACAUUUACAAAUUAAAACAUCCACUGUUGAAUCAGAUUUCGGACGUGCUAGUGAAACAAUUAAUUUCUCACAAACGUUCAACUCUCCAGGCGCCAUCACUCAAGCAACAAGCAUGGCAUCAGAAAGCAUUGUAGAGUAUGAGUUCGCAGAUGCCUCAGAAGUGGCACUCACUGGGCUGGAUUCACAUGUUAAGAAACGAAGAAACGGUCUUCUUGAUGAGAGGCCCGUAGUUGAUGACCAGUCAGGACAAUGCUGUCCUGUCCUUCAGGAACCACUUCCAAAUGCAGAUGCCAAAAUGUCCAGUAAGAAAACAAUUCCCCCUAAAGUUGAAGUCGGCAUCACUGAACUGACAGACAGUAUCCAUGAAUUUCUCCAUGGUUUCUUCACAUUGUAUGGAACUUUCAUCCCACUGCAGAAGAGUGAUGUGUUAAGACACCUGAAGAGAAUGUUCAACACAAAUUUCAAUGAGAGGAGACAUUUAAUCUACGAGGUUGUCAAGUGCAGAAUCUCUCCAGUGCUGUGGCAACCUAUUACCUCCUUCCGAGUGGUCUUCAAGAAACACACCCUGACACUGGAUGAUUUAUCCACCCUGGCCAAUCAGAAUUGGCUCAACGACCAGGUUAUAAACAUGUAUGGAGAAUUGAUUAUGGAUGCUGCCCAAAACAAGGUCCUUUUUCUCAACAGUUUCUUCCAUCGACAGCUCAUGACCAAAGGUUAUGAUGGUGUUAAGAGAUGGACAAAGCAGGUUGAUUUGUUCUCCAAGAGUCUCCUGUUGGUACCCAUCCAUCUGGAGGUUCACUGGUGUCUAGUAGCCACAGAUAUUGCAAGAAAGAAGAUCUGUCUGUUUGACUCUCAAGGGAGUGCACCGCACAAAGUUGCACAGAACAUCCUGAAGUACGUGACGGCGGAAGCGAGAGAGAAGCAACGCACAUCUUUCGUAAAUGGUUGGGCCGUGUCAUACAACGAGAGUGUCCCACAGCAAAGCAAUGAGAACGACUGCGGUGUUUUCGUCUUGGAGUAUUCCAGAUGCCUCGCCUUGGCUCAGCCGCUCCACUUUUCACAGAGAAACAUACCAAAGAUACGCAAGCGGAUCUACAAAGAGCUUUGUGACUGUAAGCUCUAUGAACAGGUUCAACAAUGAUCGGUAUGUACUCAUACCGCUCACAAAAUCUAGGGCUUUUGGGGGAGAAAUUUCAGGAUGAAUGGAAAAGGCACUGUCGGUGAACUUAAUUUGAACUUCUCUAAACUUUUUUGAGGUCCAACUGUUCAAUGUUUUAGAGAGGGGGGGGGGGGAAACUGUGCAAGCCAGUUGUGCAAAAAAUACUGAAACAUUGAAUAUAGUUAGUUGGACGUGGAUUUAAAAGUUUUAAAAAGGUCUAAUUAAAUUCACCUGUAAAGGUUAUGGUGCACUUUAGGUUCAUCCUAAAACUUCACCUGAAAUCUCAAUACCCUUUAACGUUUUGUGAGCUUGAAAUUUUCUCAUAUGAAAUCAUCAUCAAUAGUAGUAGUUGUAUAGAAGUGUAGCCCGAAUGCAUCUUGACAUAGGUAGCAAAUUCCAUGAGCAACCCUCAUUGUCACAUGAUAAUACCGUAUAUACAAGUAAGUAAUAAAAUAAUUUUCUGACCAAUUAUGUGAAAUUGGAUCAUUUCCACAGUGGUUGAGAUUUACUGAUUGAUUGCUUUAACAAUUGAAUAGCAUGAUAUUUAAGAAAUGUCCUAUUCCAGUUUUCACUUGACCAAGCGAGCCUUAUCAUACUCACAACUGCCUAUUUGAAAUAUCAUCACGUUGAAGAUUUGUUCCUAAAUUGUGCUAUUUUCUGUAUUAUAUUUUUGGAUCUUGCAUUCAUCCUUAAAAAAAAAAAAAAGAAUGAAAUCUUAACUGUUCAUAUUGUUUACAUCAUAGGUUAGCUGCAAUAGAAGCUGAAAACUAUUUGUAUGUACAA